AUAAUAUAAAAAUGGCUUAGCUCUCUUCAUCUAUACUGUAUGAGGUCUUUCUAGCUGAAAAUUGGAUCGAAGGACAGAUCUCCAAACAUGAAUAGAGGAGGAAGCUAUGGCGGCGGUCAGAGUUCACUUGGCUAUCUCUUCGGCGGCGCGCCGCCGGAUAACGACAAGCACAACAAGAGAAAUGAGACGCCUCCGCCUUCUCCAAUCUGUGCACCACCCUACGGGAUUGAUUCCGACGUUGUCAACACCACCGUCAGUAAGCCGCCGCCGCCGCCAAACUCCCCCGGGAAUACCUUCGAAAGAACCCUAUCUCAGAAUUCUGGAAACUUCGCCAUCGCUAAUCGGCCGUCGACGAAGGUGAAAUCGGCGCCUGGAGGAGAUUCAUCUCUGGGCUACUUGUUUGGAGACAAGAUCUAACAUAGUGGAACAAGCGUUUAAGGGAAGAUGGAUCGGAUCUAGGGUUUGAAGUUUCUUAAAUUUGUUACGUUGUUGGGUGUGAAUAAGGAUUUAUUCUGCAGCGAGUCUGCAGGUUGAAACAUGUGUGUUAUGAUUAGCGUUUAAUUGUGGAUUUCGAUCGUAUGAAUAUCGUCGUCGUGUGUUGUUGUCGGAUUCUGUGAAGUUAUUAGGGUUUACUGUGUGGGAUUGCUGUUGUUGACUUGUUGGCGUGUUAAGGAGAAGCUUAAGUAUGUAAUUAGGGUUUAUUAUAUUGUGCUUCUGUAUUAUUAGCUUUAAAUAAAUCGAUUAAGAUACAGAUAAGAUUAGAAAAUUUAAAGUAGCAGCAGCAGCCAGCAGCUCUAUUAUUUCUGUGUAUGAGUAUCCACAGACAUUAUAUGUACCGAAGAUCAUGGCUUUUGUUUAUUUUAUAUUUUAUAUAUAUGCCAAAUGAGUUGUUUAAGUGAUAAA